UGGAGAAUGGGUGUUCAAAAGUCAUAACCGAAGGACCGCGUAUAAGUAAUUAAAUCGAAUACGAUCGGAUAUAGCAAUGAAAUAAAACCUCGAACAAGAACUCACCAUGUUUCUCACAAGAUCAGAAUAUGACCGGGGUGUCAACACAUUUUCUCCUGAAGGACGGUUGUUCCAGGUUGAAUACGCCAUAGAGGCAAUUAAGCUUGGUUCAACAGCAAUUGGCAUUCAGACAGCAGAGGGCGUUGUUCUUGCAGUAGAGAAGAGAGUCACAUCACCACUCAUUGAAGCCAGCAGUAUAGAAAAGAUAUUUGAGAUAGACGAUCACAUAGGUUGUGCCAUGAGUGGCCUGAUAGCUGACGCGAGGACCAUGAUCGACCGAGCACGAGUGGAGGCUCAGAACCAUUGGUUCACAUACAACGAGAAAAUGACAGUAGAGAGUGUGACGCAAGCUGUUAGCAAUCUCGCACUGGCUUUUGGUGAUGAUGUAUCGGAUCCUGGAGCACUGAGUCGACCAUUUGGUGUAGCCCUCCUUUUUGCUGGUGUAGACAGUAAAGUACCAACUCUAUUUCAUAUGGACCCCUCCGGCACAUUUAUCCAAUACGACGCCAAAGCAAUCGGUUCAGGAUCUGAGGGAGCACAACAAGCUCUUCAGGAGGUUUAUCAUAAGGCUAUGACACUGAAAGAAGGUUGCAAAUCUGCCCUUACCAUCUUGAAGCAGGUCAUGGAAGAAAAACUUAAUUCCACUAACGUCGAGAUGGCCACAGUAACACCAGACAAGCUGUUCCAUCAGUUCUCAAAGGAAGAAGUCGAAGAUGUUAUCAAGGAGAUCUAGGCUGGAAGGAGGGAUUGUAUUUACUAUAAAAGACACUUAUAUGUGCUCAGGAUGUGACAUUUCCGUUAUUUGGAGGAUUUCCGAUUUAUCUUUUCCCGAAGACAGGAAUCCACCCUGUUUGUCACUGUGCAAAUGUGCUGUCGUGGCCUAUGCCUACAGCUGUAGUUGUUGCAUGUUUUAAAUAAUAUCACAGCAAACACUUGCAAUAGGUCCCUCCCACGAUGCUGGUGUCCAAAUUCAGAUCUUCAGAAGAAAAAAAAAGGGGUUAUGCUAAAACAUUUUUUUCACUUUUCCUAGUUAUCCCAAGAACAAGUAACAACUGAUUGCGAGUUAAUGUUGAUGAACAUCGGAGUGUUGGUGUAUUUAUUUGCACUGGAGAACAAAUUAUGUCUGCAUUGAAUAGCAGCAUUCAUAUUUGUCAUGAUUGUGACUUCUAUAAAACUAAAUAAACAACUUUUCGAA